AUGAGGGCCAAUCCGGAAGAUAGGAUCGCCAUUGUACAGAAAAUUAACCUCGCUCGUUUUGGUUCUUUACAAUGCGAUAAGUUGUCAUCUCUCUUUAUGGACGGGAGCUUAGAUCCCGAGGAAGCAUGUAGGUUGAUUGGAGAGGAGCUGGAGAUCGAACGAUCAUGUGUUCGACCUUGCUUUGACGAAAAUGGAAGUCGCGUUUGCUGUUUGGUACGUGAGUCUGAAAAUUGAAAUGCCUUGAAAAUUGACUUAGAAUUGUUUCUUGUGAUAUUAUAAUGUAUCUAUCGUGGUAAGAAAUUAUGCUUAGACCUUGAAGCUUAGUUACACAGAAACUGAAUUCGUUUAAGUGAAACAAGUGACAGUCAUGCAUACAACAUUUUUCAGCACUAACCAAAUAUGCUUAUGAAUUUAAUUUAUAAUGUGACAUAAGCUUACCCAAACCAGAGAGUUGAAUGGAUUUAAAUCUAUUCGUGGUUAAGCUGACGUGUUUCUUAUAUUUAUAUUUUUUUGCUUCAGAACUUUAAGCCUGUUUCAAUAAAUUUCUUGCUUAACAAUGACACGCACUUUAUUAUGCAGUACUAACUUUACCUUUGGACUGCGUGAUUUCAAGUUCAAGCAAAUCCUUAGUCGUACUGGCUUUCACUUUCUUUAGUUUACUUAAGCUUAAUAAAGUUUCAUUUCUUUCACAAUAUUGUUUCAGUACUAAGUACAAAACCUUCAACACAUAUUGUGCUGUAUUGUAUAUAAACUAUAGAUGGAGAAAAAUACUCAUCUGGCUAAUUUUUAUGGAUCUUAAAAAAAAAAGCGUUCAAAGGUUGUUAAUCUUGACAUGCUUUUGACAAAACUGCAAAUGAUUGGUAUGAAAGGCAUUUUUAGCUCUAGAGUAAAUCACGUCUAAAAGAUUGACAAUGGUCAAUCUUAACAGGUUGCUAAAUAAUAAUAAUAAUAAUAAUACGAUCUUCAUGUGGGUUGCCUCAAGGUGCGCUUAUUGGACCUUUGUUGAUAUUCUCACUAUACAUAUUAAAUGACAACCAUGAAACUUUCUUUUUUUGCUGAAUAUACAAUCCUAGUCUUUACAGAUAAUAACUCUGAAUGCUGUUGAAUCAACAGACUAAAUCUAAACGUCCUCCCCAGACGACUAUACCUUUUGUUCCUGGGAUUAAGAUCUUAAAACCAACUACAUAAAUCAAGCAACACUAGAGAUUAUGGACUUAAUUAUCUGGGUACCAUUAUAAUUGACUCAUAUCUUCAGUGGAAACACCUCACUGAAUUUAUUUGCCAAAAAUUUAAAACAUUGACUGGAGUUACUUUUCUAGAUUAAGUACAUAGUUAUAAAUCAUACAUAUAAACAAAAUGUCCUGCAAGGAAAUGGAGGCAUAGCAAUUUUUAAGUGUAGAGUGGGAUAUUGUGAAAUAUUAGAGGUUUUGUUGGGAAAAGGAUAUCAUGUAUAAGGAAUUGAUACAUGAUAUUGAGUAGAUAAAGUCUAUUAUACUACUACAUGAAAAAUUUCUGCAAUUUAAUGAUUGGCUCAGAGCAGUGGUAUUUCCGCUCAAUUUGAAAUACUUACAUGUGAAAAUUACAAACCUUUUGCAGGUAGUAGUAUAAACAAAUAAUAGCAUGAUUUGCAUGUGAUAUUUGGCAUAAGUACCACUCAUGAUAUUUCAAAAUUGUCUCAAAUUUCACUUGCCUAACGGCUCGUGAAAUUACAUAUAACAAUUUCGAAAUAUCACUUGUGGUAUUUAUGCCAAAUAUCACUACAAAUCAUGCUAUUACCUAUACUAAUAGGAAGUAAAACUAAAGCUCACAUACAAAUUUAGGAUUUGGUUACCAGUCUAAAGAUAGUUACAGUAAGGCGUAGUGUUAAUAUGUGGGUUUUACAAUGCAGGUGAUCGUAUACUGUGGGCACAGUUUUUUUAUUGGCACAAAUAAUCAAAUGCCAAAAAAUUAUUGUUCCCUAGAAUAAAUUUCUUUAGUCCUGUUAAUCUAAGCAUCAUUUGAGUUAUGAGUGAACAUCCUCACUCACACUUGGUUCUUCAAUUUCUCAGGUCCAUGAGAACUGGGUUCAAAGAUAUAUAGCAGGGGACCCAUCUCAUGAUGGGCCCCCUCAGGUCUCCCUGUGGAGCCCCUAUGAACAUCAGCUCAUCUUACAGCCCUCACACCCUGAGCCAGAUGCACCAUGGACUAGAAUAGGCAUUGUUAUUAUCAAGAAGCCAAUCAGAAAAUCACCUUUGAAGAAGAGGUUGGUGUGAAGCAAUUAUUAGAGAGCUUAAGCAACAACGCCAGCGAUGGCUAUGAAAAUGUCACUUAAAAAGUGAAUUUGCGCUACUUGAAACUUUAUUGCACUUAUUCCAACUCGUUCAAUUCAUCAAAUGUUGGCAAAUUUUUCUGGAGUUGAAUUCUAAAAGACUGUAUCAAAGUUCAGGAAAAGACAAAGAAAGUCAUUGUCUUGUGUUCACACCCUCGACAAAACGUGAAAUUAGGCAUUUUCACUUUGUAGUCAUGCAGUGACAGCAAAGAAAUCUACAAAAAAGUGUGGUGCACAUGCCAAUUUAAACCUAAUGCUUUUUUGCCGUCCUCGUUGCCGUUGCCAUCGUCGUUGCUCUUAAGCUCCCUAUUAUUGGGUAGGGUUGUCUCUUGAAAGUAAAAUUUUUAACUCAAUGUUGAAAUUAUGAAACCUGACUUGGCAUCCAAGGAGAUAUAUAUAAUUAAAGCUUCUAAAUUAUCCUUUUUUGUUGGUCAAACCUUCCAUACUUAGGGCUGGAUAAAAGAAUAUGCUCCGGAGAGGUGUCUGCUAAAGGCAGGUUAGAAAUGCAGUGUUUGCAUGUUUCUCGGAUCAAAGGGACUGUUGACACUUUCCCUGCUGGUCUCUUGUGCCAGGUAUCUCAGAAAGUACUGUAAAUUCUCUACCAAGCCUCUACUAGGUCUUUCAAACAAGAGGAGCACACCCGAUCCAGCAAGGAGACGGACCAAAACGAGUCUCUGGGUGGGGGGGCUGCUAGGUUGUCUAAGACUGCAUCACAACUGCUUUGAAAAACAUGGCUAUUUUUUAUCCCUUGGCAUUGCUCAAUCUUUUAAAAUUCAAAAGUGAUUUUUUUUUUCAAAGAGACUACAGUCAACUCCCUUUAUAGUGGACACUGUUGGGACCUUGAGUUAGUGUCUUCUUUAUCAAGAGUCCUUAAUAGCGGGGCUUUAUUUCAGUCAAACGUCUGUAAUUUGUCUUUUCCGGGGAUUUAGCUACUGUCUGUUUUAUCAGGGUGUACACAAGGCGAGUUGACUGUACUUUCUUUUACAAUUUCGGAGAAAGACGUCGUCAAUUUCACUAUUUAAAAACAAAAUAGAAAGUUCAAAAUCUGUAUUAUUUGCUAGGUUUGCUGCAUGAUCUUUGCAUCAUCAUGAUCUUUCAAUAGUGUGCCAAGCUCAAGUCUCCUUCGGUGCUUCUUAGAAAUAGAUCAAUGACUUCUUUCAGAUCAAUGCAUUUUAGAUAGUGCAUGUGUAAGAGCCAGUAAUGAGAGCCUCUCUUGUGCCGUGUGUAUCCUACUUUUUGGUUAGUAAAACAGAGGAUAUUUUAAACUAUCCUCAAAGACAAAAGGCUACACAAAAAAGGAAAAAAUGCACACCUUCUGGGUCCUUCAAGCACAAGAAGAUCCGACAUCCACCCCUUGUAAUUGGCUGUUAAGCAGCCAAUUGGAAGAUGAGAAUUUCUGAUCCUUCAUAUGGCCUGAUAAAUACAUAAGGUUAUAAAGCCACUUUUGAAAAUAAGAAAGGAACAUAUUAACACCUUCGGCUAGCAAUCAGAGGUCAAUUUCUGAUAGAGAAAAGAUAAGAAACGCUAUGCAGCCAAUGUACAGUAAAAGACCACAUGACCCCCUGGUGAAAGAAAAGGGGAAAGAAAACAUUUGCAUAUCCACAUUACAAAUCCUCCAAAACAGACUUUUCCACAGUUCAACAUAUGAUUCAUUUCAUAUGUUUAAAUUCAUGACAUUUCAGCUUUGUUGGUCAUUUUGCAAGAGAUGUUGGUGAUGUAAACAAUUUUAUGGACUUGUCCUAUGCUGAGCUGAUGCAAAGUGUUGGCGUCCAGAAUUUUCUUCACAGCUGGGACGAUGCAUUGGACACUUUUCCCCUUGCAGCACACUGCGGUCUGCCUGACCCACCAGCAAAAGAAUCAGAUAAGGUAUGGUAAGAAAAAGAGGAUAAUAAAAACGUUGAUGAGAUGUGCAAAUACAUUGUUAAUGUGAAGAACAUUUCCCGGAAUAUUUUAUGUUAAUUAGAACUCCUAUUUGCGUUCAAUAACAAACUAAAUUGUACAUUCACAAGACUAUCUGUUACCACUGCUUCUCUGAACUCUCUUGAGGGAGGAGGGGGAGGGGGAGGGUGGAGGGGUUCAGUUGAGUUGUUUUUGUAGCUGUGGAAAAAUUUGUUGAGACCAUCAACUCUAAUAGGCCAUUUCUGAGUUUCAAAAUCUGUUUUUUUUUUCUGAAACGAGGCUAAGUGCAAACCUUUCUUAGGAAAAUGAGUUUUAUUUGCAUGAGAAUAAAAAAAUCAUUUUUAUAUUAAUGGCUUUGCACUUAGCUUCGCUUUGAAACAGAGACUCGGGGAAACUCUGAAAUGGCCGAUUUUGAAUGUUGGACGAGUGUGGAGAAAUAUUGUCCCCAGUUAAGCCUUAUUUGAGCAAAAAAUAGUUUUAAAAGGUGUGGUACAUUUAGCCAGUACAGCGUGCAAAGAAAGUGGUGUCCGAUAGCCCGAGGCUAGUGGAUUUUGCUAUCGGGCUAAUGAAUUCUGUUUUUAACUGGCCGGACGGGCAAGUGAUGUUUUUUGAGAAAGUCGAAUAACAGAAGAACUGUGAUAUCAAUUCUGCAAGUCAAAAAGUUUUUGGGGCUAGUUGAAAUGUAGUCUGGGCUAGUAAAUGCUAGCUUCAGCUUGCCCGAAUGGCAAGCUGUAAAAAUGAUUUUCUUUGCACCCUACAGUAUCACGGAAUAACGUUAACUUAACCUGGAAGCAAGUUAGAAAACUGGGCUGGGUUGUUCAAAGCUGGGUUAAAGAUGACCCAUGGUUAGUGCGAAAUUUGAAUUCAGGUAUAAAUGCUAAAAACGUAAAUUCAGUUUAAUUCUUUUUGUCAGCAAGUUAAUGAUUGGAUGCUCUUAAAAAUAACAGAGAAAAUUAUCUGAGAAAAAGCUUUUGAACAAAAGAAAAAGAAGCCCGGGUUAAAUUUAACCCUGGAUUAAGCGCUAAUCGGCCUUCAAACAACUGGGCCCUGUUCGCCUCCAAGGAAACUCUAAGAUUUCGGCGAGGAACGAGCUCUUAAUGCCAAAUAAGAAUUUUGCAAUCUCUCUACAUUUUAUAUGCAUACAUUGUGUUUGACUUUAUUGCAGAAUAUGAUGGAAGAAAUACUAUUGAGUGCAUAUGGUCUGUCACCAAUGAAACUGGACAAUGCAAGGCAAAGUAAUUUCGAAUCGUCAGCUGAACGUGAUGCAUUUGACGAUUUCAAAGAGGAGUCAGAAGGAUCAUUUAUGUCUCUGAUCAUGAAGCAGAAUGUCGUUCCUUUCGUUUGUGCGUUAGAAGGAAAAUCCGCGUACUUUCUUGUUGAGCCCUAUUUUCAACACAGUCUUCAUAACAUGGUAACAUUUAGCCCGUCCGUGCUCUCAGCUUCCCAUAUGCGACCGCUGUUUUUGAUAUAUCAGCUUCUUCACGCACUCCACUGGUAUCACAGCCGUAGAUUAUCUCACGGAGCAUUGACUCUCGACAGUGUUAAGAUUAGUAAAGGAUUGUGGAUUUACCUCGAGUCGCCAGACUUCCUACGGACUCUUCAUCACAAUUCAGACAUCGCAUCAUGCGAGCUUGAAAGUAUGCGGGAUAAUAAAGCAGGUUUACUAUCACAAUUAGAGACAAAUGAAUCUGUGUGUAAGUGGACUAAGGAGGAUUUGCCUAAGCUUGUCGAGUUAUGGGUACACGGCAAGAUUAACAACUUUGACUACUUGAUGGCUUUGAAUACGUUAGUGGGUCGACGUCUUGGUGAUCCCAAUUAUCAUCCAGUUUUUCCUUGGGUGACGGACUUUUCCUGCCACGAUGGAGGAUACAGAGACUUGAAAAAGUCCAAAUUUCGCUUGAACAAGGGGGACAGACAGCUCGAUGUGACAUACAAAGCCGCUUUGCUGGACAGCCAAGAUGGAGCCCCACCUCACCAUGUCUCAGACGUUCUAUCAGAUAUCACGUAUCACGUUUACUUAGCACGAAGAACGCCCAAAUCAGUUCUUUGUGAUCACGUGAGAACUACCUGGGUCGCCAAUGAGUACCCGUCUAACAUGGAGAGACUGUAUCACUGGACACCAGACGAAUGCAUCCCUCAGUUCUUUUCAGACACUAGUAUUUUUGAAUCAAUUCAUUCGGAUCUUCCUGACUUGGGGCUGCCAUCUUGGACGCCUUCUGCAGAGGAGUUUAUCGACUGGCACAGAACAGUGCUAGAAAGCGAGGAGGUGUCGCGUAAUUUGCACCACUGGAUUGACCUUACGUUUGGGUACAAGCUGGCCGGUAAAGCAGCAGUGAAGGCUAAGAAUGUCUACCUUCAUCUCAUCGACAAACACCAAUCGCUCAGUAAUCAUGGAGUUGUGCAGCUCUUUACAGAGCCUCACCCAGGCAGGGUAAAAGCCCUGUCUUAUACAAACAAUUUGUUCCACGGCGGAGCUGGUUUUGAUCUCACAGACGAGAGAACGUUCCGCACAGUUCUGCGUUUGGACAGUGAACGCACGGUAGAGAGUUUUUGUUUAGAUGAUUCUGUUCAUGAAAGCGGCGAUUUUCUCAUUGGUAACCAUCUGGCGUUAGCUGAAGGUGGAGUAGAAAGCAACAGCAAACUCGUAGCGGGGAAAGAAACAGUCAGCGAGGAUGAGGGAUUGAAGGGGAUGCAGUACGAAAUCAUCUUUCUUCCCUCUGAUUACAACCCUCUGGACUCCUUGCAGAAGUUUGAAGCUCUGGAGAAGUUCAAGAACCAGUUUGGCGUCAGAAGUGUUGAAAGUCUUGGCAACCGUGAAAGAAAGGUUAGUUUCAACAUGAAAAUAACACAUUGUUUGACAAUUCAAUAAACUCCUUAUUGUACUCCCUUGACUGCUAGAUGCAUUUCAAUGCAAUUUAAAAGAAUUAACAACCAAGAGCGUCUUCAGUGCAACAGGUCCGCGGUCUUUCGGCAUGCGCAUGCCCAGUUGUUUGCUACAUCCUUCACGUGAUUUUCCUUCUUGCUGCGUUGUCUAUGCCACGAGGUUUCUUUCAGCCAUUUUCUCUCCCCCCCUCAGUCCUCUGAUCCAGUCUUCCCACUGUUAUUUUUAGACCAAACUGGUUCCCGAACGGCUUGUGUGGGGGUUUUUGGAUUGACCGGUUUGUCCCAGCCCCGUUAUUCAACCUAGGGGCUGGGAAGGUCCCUGGAUCGGGCACUGGUUGUUAACCCUGUUCAAGUCCAAGAAAAUGCCCCAAAUCUUUCAUAUGUCCACGCAUGCGCUUUGUACGCAACAGUCUCUUGUCUUAGUAACAUGUUAAACUUGUCACUGGUGAAACCCAGUUUGGGGUGAAACCUAAGUAUGUUGUUAGCCCAGCUAAGACAAAGAAUAGAGUGAAGCAGGGCGGGUAGGUCAUGUUACAGGUCAGUGGCUUCAUGCUACGGUAAGGCAUCAACUAAAUCGGAACGUUAAUUUUCUGGGCCUAUUUUCUGCCUGGUAGGUUGAUGAGGAGACCCAUUUUGGCAAACUGGUGCGAGAAGAUGUAAUAAGCCUUGGAUGUGCGAUAGUGGAGAUGCUGAUACCAGCUAAAGUACAGUUGUCCACCUGUGGUCUAACAGGGAAACAGAGAGAAAGAGCUAUUAUAAAGCUGUGGGAAACAAAUCAAAAAUUACUUCCCAGGUUUGUUAAGAGUGGUAAAUUUGCAUUAUAAAUGUUAUAGGUCAAAAUUAAUUUUUUUUUUGUAACGUAGGUUGAUUCUCAAUUUUCUUUAUGUCCUAGCUUUACACGUACAUAUUUGUGAAUUGGGGCUACGAGACAAAAGGGAAUUGCCAAUCAACCCACGAUUUUGGCGUUCAGUAUAGAAAUACUAGAUGAACUGUGCCCUCUUCCUUUCCUUGGGAUUUUAUAUGAUUCUGUACAAGAUGGUUCAAACCUUGUAGUCUGAAGGCUGUCAUUAGGGGGUUUAAGCAGCGACGUUUUUGAGCGACGCAUGUCAACCGGAAGUUAGCCUUUUUCUCUCUUUAUAUGCUUUGACGCUACCAUUCUGUACUACUAAGCGUAUUUACUCUUAUGGAGACGAUCUGCCCAAAAAUUUGUUCAAAAUCACAGCCCAAGAUUGCAAAAAGUCCACUUCCGGUUGACCUGUGCAGCUCAAAAACAUCGUUGCUUAAACUCCCUAUUAUAGGCUUUGGGGUGUGAUAGUUAAUGGAAAGAACCCCAAAGAAAAUUUGCUCCAAGCCCUGGAUUUCAGAUGGACUAAAUUACAAGGCUAGUAGUCCCAUCCCAUUAAAACUAUGUAAACCUAAGAUCCAACUUAAAAUGGUGUGUAGGUGAUGACAGAUGUUUCUGGCUUUAACAUCUACUUUGUUUUCAUCAGGUAUGCUCGAGCUGGCGUGCAGGCAUUUUUCAAAGGAGCGUCAUCAUCUGUUACCAGUGGCGCGGCUUCCCAUGACGCAUGGCUGCCUCCUCUCACUGCUGAUUUGCUGCUUCAACCUCAUUUGGGUUUAUUUCCCUUCCCGUCGUACUUCAGUGCAUUGCACGAAUUUCUGGCAACAUUUUAUCAUUCAGGUACUAUACAGUCAAAGCUUCAUUAAGCGAACAUGCAAUCACCCUUUAUUGGUUACCUGCCAAUGUCCCACAGAGAUAAUUACAACGAAAAUAUGUCGUUCUUUGAUGGUCGUUUCUCAAUUCCGUGGCUUAACAGUUUUUUGGACAUAUUCCUUUAGGCUAUACUCUCAGAAUUUUGGAACACGAUAUGUGUCUUGGAACAAGUUUAAAUUCCGUGUCGUUAAACAAAAAUGUUAAUAGAUUCUUCUCCCAAUUACAAUAUGUGUGGAUUCACUCCGACUAAGAGCUUGGGCUUGAAAAAGAGUGAAUUGGCUUCAACUUAGUUAAUAAAACCAAAUUUUUGCAAAGUACGUGUAUACAUUCCUGUGAACCAGUAACAUCGCGAUACAGAUGCAUGUCUCUAUUGAAAACAGCGUUUUGCAAUGUUAUAUAGUUAUCACGGGACUUCCUUCAAAACUCAAUUAUGUCGAUUUAAAACCAUGUGCAUUAUGUCAAAAUAGAAAGAAAAAUCUACAGGCAUCCUGCGCGUUAAUAUUUUAUAUGGUACUCUUUAUCUUUUUUUUUUUUUACCUGAAAUGUAUGGACAACUUGGAACGUUUACCUUAUUAUUUUGAUACUUCACUUUGUUUCAUCUAUAUUAUACAGUUUGUUAUUUAUCCUAGGGCGAAAGGAAGACUCAGAAAGUCAGAAAAGCCAGCCACCAGAAAUCUUGGUGUUGAGAAACAAAUUGAACUACAGUGUGGAGCAAGUAGACAUCGCCGCAACAUUCCUUCCAGACCUACUUCCCAAAGUGGAUGAUGAAGGAAUCAAACUACUGAUGUAUCAUUUGGAGCCGUUGUUUAAAUGCUUGGAGACCCGACUCCAUGCUUGCACGCAGUUAUUUGAUAUGCUGGCUCAGGCUUUGGGUCCGAAACAUACACUCAAGACCUUCUUGAAAUGUCUGGUGAAUUUGUUCGAUUCACACGCUUUGGAGAAUUACGAAGUUAUCAUACGUCAGACUUUUCUCUCCCAGCUUAUAGUGCGUUUCGGACUGGAUGGGUUUUUGAAGCAUUUUAUAAGUUUUGUCGUCGAUGCAGUCGCUUUUAAAUCCAAGGUGAGCUCGGUAACUGACAAAGGGGACAGAAUUUCUGUCCAUAGCACCGAGGGUACCAUGCAGGGAAUCGCUGCUGCAGAAUUGGAAUUCACCGCCAAAGAUGUGCCACUGGAUAUCGACGAUGAUUUGGAUCUACCAGGGAACUUCCUUCGAAAAGGCUCAGAUGUCAAACUUGCAAGUUUCUCCAUGGGCAUCGAAGAACUUGACACUGAAAUUGUGGCUGAUCAUGGAAGAGAUGACCGCUUGAAGGAUGACGAGAUCUCGGAACAAGUAACCUUGAUGCCAAGGGAGAUUUCCGAGGAAGACGUUGAUGGACCAUUGUUUCAGGGAAAUAUCUCAGACGAUGAUGAUCCUGUCGUAGAUGAAGAGGACGGGGGACGAUCUUCUAAGUUGGUCAGCUUUCACAAAAUUUACGAGGGCAUCGAAAUUGGUGGUGAAGAUUCCAUUGUUACUCUUGAAACUGAGGAUUCUGCAAGAGGUGGAAAUGAUGCCGAGGGGAUAGUGCUUCAGCCUCAAAAGGGAGCUGUCUCUGAAAGAAGACAGGAGACUGGAGAAGCAGCUACUGUGUUUGAACACCGAGAAAGAAAUGUUGGUGUGACUGGUUUGGAAACUUGUCAAGGUGAAAUUAAAGGACCUGAGGCGGAUCAGAAAAACGUAGCGGUGCAGAAAUCCAACGCACCUUCCAGAAAUACCGGUCUUAUCUCUGAUGAAGAACCUGUAACAACCGAAGCCGAAGGUUUCGACCAUUUAGAAAGAGAAAGGGAUUUCACAAUAAGCGCAGACUUGGCUGCAAAAACAGAAUCAAGCUGGAAGAAAACUUUUGAUAAAAAUGACAAUAAUCCAUUGGAGGAUACUGAAGAGGAAAAUGGAGAGCUUGGAGAGCACGAAGAAAUUGAUGAUAGCCUGGAAGAAGCUAAUCGUUUGUCUGAAGACGACGUGGAAGAAGGGGAGCCGCUUAGCGAAGAUGAAGCACCAGAGAACGGAUUAUUGCAGGCAGACGAUGAGGAAGCUAUUAAAGAUGAGCAAUUACGCAAAGACAAUGGCAAACCGGUGGUGCCAUUCUACAACGGUACCAAGUCAAAAUCUGUGGUGCGGGAAAAGAAAACCCUAAAGCAGCAGGAUGAGCUAACACCAGGUACAAUAUCUGGUAUAGCGGCAGAGAGCAUUGUCUGGGUGGCCCCUCGCCUGGGCCCCGUUCUCACCUCUAAGUACAUCGCAAGUCAACUACUCACCAUGUUACCGCAUUGCUACUUGGGAAAGGUCGUUUUGGAGGAUGAUGAUGACGAAGAGAAAAUGGUGAAUGACAGGGAUGCCAAGUGGCUGCUGUUUUGUUUGGCAAACUUCUGCACUUUGUACGGCGAGGCAUUUAUGCUGAAUCAAUACCUGCCUUACAUAAAAAAGACGGUGAGUUUGCGCACAAAUCAGGUUGUGUGGCGCAUGGCUUCCAGCCGUCCAAACUUUCGCCACUAGGGUUCUUUUUAGUUUUUUUUUUGUCACAAUAAUAAUUAUUGUUAUGUGGCUUGGAUUUUUUCCCAACCGCGUGCGCUCUCAUUGGUUACUUUGAGGUCACGUGACGUCUAACAGUGGAACUGUUUCCCGCCAAAAUAUCUGAGCAGGCAACAUUAUAAAAAAUCUAUGACGUCAGGGGGUAACAGUGCACUGUUACCCACGAACAUUGACCGACGACCGCCGUUACAGAAGGUUUAAUGAAUUUCCGGCUAUAUGCCAAAACACUUAAAGACCGGUUCCUCGGGAAACAGUUAAUUUUGUUUCCGUCGGGUGUUUAUUAUUGGCUUUUUUAAAAUCCCAGGUGGGUGUAAGAAUAAGUUCGGAGUCCAACUGGAAGAGUGUAGGUUAAGAUAAAUUACUAAACAGUGAGAUGAAAAGUAAGAAUGCUUGUGAUUUGAUGCGCCAAAAUAGGGCUAUGCCUUUUUAUGUAGCUGUUGUGACCAAGCUAGCGACCGAAGAGAAUAUGGGACGUCUAGUAAAGUAAUCGCUUUAAAAGAGACUUCAAAACGUAUAACGGAGUUUUUCUCGUUAAAAAAGGAUGCGAGGGUGGGGGGGAGGGGAAAGUCCCCGCAUAGACAAGUUUUGGCUCGCGGAGGUUGCAGCAUAAUAGCUUCAUCAGAUUGCAGUGCUUUUAUUACUAUCGUUAAACAGCUAUUGAAUGCCUGUCUUUCCAAUAGAUCCGGGGCGUGCAAAGCAAGGUAACGCAAAGAGGUGAAGCCGCUUUGGCUGGUGUCCUGUCACUUCUAAAGUACUGCAUUCCCUACCUAUCACGUGAUACGCUAAGUAGAUACUCUGAACCUGACCUCAUGACGGGAGUGUUUCAACCUGUCAUACGCAUCUUGUCUUCAUACAACCUAACCUUCCCAGGUGGCGUUGCGGCCCGCCAAGCCAUUUGUCGUAGUUAUAUUGACGUUCUUACGGUAGUGUGUUUAAAACUGGAAAGAGAACUUGCCCGGGAGAAUAUGACGGCUCCGCUGCAGCAAUUUUUCUCGUGCUUCGAGCUGGAACGCAUGAGACAGCUCAAGGAGAAUGAAAAAGAAGAAAACGCGUCGCCCAACGAGUAUGUUGAAGUGGACAUUGAAGAUGCUCUGGAGAGGAGGGACGAAGACAAAUCAGGUUUGUGUAUUUAGAGUGGUUUAAGGCAUAUAUUCCUCCAAUCGCCAACACUGCAAUCCUGUCAGGUUGCAGGAGGUUAAUUGCUCAUAAACGUACAAUGGGCGAAAAAAAUGUUGAGACAGUGUACUGAAAUUAAAUAGGGUAACUUCAGAGAACAAAAGAAUCCACACCCCUCCUCUGUCCCCUCCAUUCAAAGUUGGGGUGUUUGUUGUUUUCUGUAGGUAGCUCGAACAGUGGCACAACAUUGCAUGGAGGAGAUGGGGAAGGAAAAGCUAUAUUUCCUCCUUUUGAAGUCAGUAAAACGUAAAAAAGCCCAGUUUCAGGGCGAAGUGUCUAAACUCAUUUUGUCGCCCAUUGUAGCUUAUUGACCUUAGCUCCCACGAGUUUCUUAUAGCUCAGUGGUAGAGCAUCUGGAUUCUGGACUUGUAAGCACGAGGUCGUAGAGUUGGUCUUUCCCAAGUACUUCACCUUUUCCCGUGAGCUGAAAGCAAACUGAAUUCCACCUUUAAAAAACAGACUUGUCCAAUACCAAGUUAAACCAGGGAGCCUGGUUAAACACAGAUAGGAUAUGCCUUGGACUCCUGGCUAGUUUGCCAUUUCAGAUCCGCUAACGUGAAUGGGUGGAACGGACGAUUUUGUAGGAACAAAAUUUCCUGGAUGCAUAGAUAACCAAUUUUUUUUUACUCACGGUGCUCCGCUGCGUGUGCGCAAGAGCUCCCUGCAAAUUCACCAUCACAUUUCUGUCAUUUAGAAUCACGUUUACGGCAAACGUCAGAUUCAAGUUGUCGAUUUCUCGAAUUUGGAAAUGAGAAGGUAAAAACAGUUCAAAACUGAUGAACGUGGCAUGAAACUACCUAUGUUUGGGUAGAUACAAUCAACACUUAACGGCAGGUAAAAGGGAAACUUGGUCACGUCGUACUAAUUGAUGUUUACCGUAAAACUGAUUCUUAAUCUCUUAAUCGAAGUCAGCAAAGAUUUGCCCAUUGAAACUGCGACAUCGCGCUCUAUAGACACACCCUUCCCUUCUAAGGCCCAGUUCAGACGCCGUACUUUUCAUGAGCCGAACCUAAUACAUUGAAUUAAGUAUAUGAAAAGUUCGGCGUCUGAAUCAAUUAGGAACGCCUGUUUCAAUUUGGAACGGCUCACCCGUUCUUUUCGCCUAGCCCGGCCGGGAAUUUCGCCUUUGGAUCGACUUUGGAACGCCUUUGAUUCAGACGCCGAACUUUUCAUGUACCGAACCUAAUGCAUAAAUUCUUAUAACGUAUUUUGUAAGCAGUUUGACCAAAAUGCGCAUUUUUCGCCUUCUGAAUUUAGUUCGGCUGGAAUUAAGAUCGGCGUCUGAAUCAAUUUAGCCGGUCUAAAUAAUUUGGGUCGGCCUUAAUUCGAAUUAGGUUCGGCUCAUGAAAAGUUCGCCGUCUGAACCGGGCCUAAGAUGGUUCUCCUCUUUCGUAUUUCAGGGAUCGACGAGAAAGACAAUUUGCCAGAGAAAGCUGAAGACCUGUAUAACACUCCGGCUUAUAACGAGUUGUAUGAGACCUUCAACGCGGCAAUAGCCCACCACGCGUUUGUGCCCUUGUGUGGCAUCAUGGGAAGCAAGUAUAUGGAAACGGCGCUUCAUAAUCACGACCUCAUUUGGAAUCUGUGCUGCAGUCAUGAUGUGCAGCUGUCUCACCCCACUUGCGAAGAUGUGAGGGCGUCCGAGGAGGAGGAAAAUGGCGAGGAGACUGUUGACAACAUGGGUGGGGAGGGAACAUUGGAAGUUGAUUCUGGGGUUAGUGGCAAUCGUGGCGUGGAUGGCGAAGCUGAUGAACGAGUUCGUGGAAAGAAGAAAUUCGGGAAAAGGGCCAAGCCUCCUAUGUGGCGCAUCGGAAGGAAAUUGUCGGCGAAAACGAAAGAUGUACCCGCAGCAAAUAUGUGAGUGGGAAGUAAAAUUACAACACCGAAUUUGCGUUAGUAAUACCUGUCCAAAGAUUUUUAAAAUUUUCAAUCCAGUAAGGUUCCUUGAUCACUCACUCUUUCUUACCGCCAAAAACAUAAAGACAGAAUUGAGCAAGGGGUUAACAUUUUUUAUUUGAGGCGCACGUGUCUGGUUUGAAAACUUAUCAAUCUUGUACCCAUUGUCCAAACCAAGUGGGUUUUCAUGAAGUGGAAAUAUCAGCAAGGAUGCCAAAAAUUUAGGUACUUUUAAUAAGCGUUUUUUUUUAUUGUCCACUAUAUAAUGACGAGUUUUUUUCGUGGAAAACUUCUCGUGCCCGAUUAAUAUUAUGUCUGGAAAAUGGCACCGUAAAUUCCGCGUUUCAGAUUUACUGAAACGCCUACAACUGUUUUAGUAAGCUUUUAAAUAGACCAUUUCCGAGUUCCAAAAACUCUCAGUUUCAAAACGAGGCUGAGUGCAAAACUCUUCUUGUGAAAAUGAGUUUUAUUUCCAUGAGAAUAAUAACGUCAUUUUCAUGUCAAUGACUUUGAACUUAGCCUCGCUUUGAAACAGCAGCUUGGGGCUACUCGGAAAUUGCCUAUUGACAGUGUGCUGCUACUGUAUUAAGCUUUAAAGUGCUUUGAAGUUUGACAGACCGCGGUCAAAACUUCUCGAUACGUCCUUUGAUAAGGGAAGGUAAUAAAUAAUUUGAGUAAGUUAGAGAAUUGUCAAAGAAAUGUGACUCGAACCAAAAAACUAAGAAGCACCCGUCGCAGUGAAAUUUGGGAAGGGUUCAAGCAACGACCUUGCCCUGCCAUUGGCGAGAUUGUGUCCUCGCUGGACUCACAAUCCGGCGGUCCCUGGUUCGAGUCCCGCUCUGGUCAUCUCCGUUGUCCCGAGAUCAAAUCAUCGGCCUCUCUUUUAAGUAGCCAACUGGUUGCAACCUUGACCAGAUGGGGUUUUUAAUCGGCCUGUUAUGUUAUAUUUGAAUUAUUUGUUUCUAAUAUUUGAGUGGAGUGCCCGUAAACUAGCUGGAUAAGCUAAGCGCACUUUCCAGCCUUAAGAAAAUCUUUAACCUAUUAUAUUCGGUGUUCUUUUCUUGUAAUUUCACGAAAUCGCUGAUAGAUAUGCUCUCUAUUUCUAAUUGUAGCAUUACCUUUCCUUUAUCCAUUAACGUAUUCAUCAUCAGUGGGUCUUUUGUCUUGUUUUGUAUCAUUUGACAGAUCACCCUCAUCUUCCGAUCAGUAUCUUCGUGGUAGUUGGCUGACUCACUGGGAAAAUCAACUCAGUAUGUAACUUUGUAUCUAGCUGUUUCGAGAUAGAUUUUCAUGGAGACGAGACCAGGCUAAGCAACAGUGCCGAAAUGUGAUCUGAGAUAUUACGAAUAAUUCUGAAUAAAGAUGCCUCAACCAUACAGUCAAGAGAUUAAGUUUCGUUCAUAAUAAUUUUCUCUUUUUUUUUUCUUUCCUGAAGCGCUCAGUAAACUUUGAAGUGACCACUCUGUUUUCGCGUUGAGUUGCGGGGAAAAGGUUGUAUAAGGGCAUCAUCACAGUCAUGUUCACGAAAUCAUCGUCACGUCGUCAUCAUCAUCAUUAGCAUGAUCAGUCUUUGUCGCGCCACGUGUCGCACAGUGCGGUUAUCGAGGAAAGAAACAUGCAGACCAUUCUGUGUAAUGUAUGUAUUAACUCGUGCUCGUUGUUAAUCUGUUAGGUGACUUAUUUCUUUCAGAUGUAAAGGGCAAAAUUGGACAUAAGUUUAAUCUGCAACAAGUCAAACUCCAGACCUUUACAGGUAAGACACUAACAGGGAAUAGCACAUGUGAAAUGAGGAGUAGCACGUGCAAAAUAAGGAAUAGCACGUGCGAAAUAAGGAAUAGCUCGUGUAAAAUAAGGAACAGCACGUGCAAAAGUAGAUCGCGUGCUUAAAAUUUAACAUAUGGAGCUUAACUAAUCUGACGGCGGCUCCUUUCCUACUGAUGAAGUUUCGUUUUUGUCAGGCCACAGUGGACCAGUCCGUUCAGUGUAUGUACAAGAUAGUGAGCACUGCUUCCUGUCGGCGAGUAAAGACAAAACUGUCAAGCUGUGGUCGCUUAGUAACCAUGGUGAUGGCACGGCUCAGUCAGCUAGCUCGUGGACAUAUUACAGACACACGCGACCGGUAUUUCACGUGGGAAUGGUGGAGUCUGUGCGGCAGGCUGUGUCAUGCGAUGGCAGUCUUCAUGUAAGCUGUUAGAGAGCUUUAGAUUCUAAGACGAGUACGACAGCGGGUACGAGAUUUUCUCAAUACUAAGUAGUGUACGCGCGUAAGUCAGCGUCAUUUUGGCGGGAAAACGUGGUAGCCGUCGUCACUCUACAAGGAGUUUUAGCGAGGAUGUCGAAGUGGCGGAAACAAGUUAUCAAAUGUUAGAAGCUUUAUUAUUCUGCGAUCGGGAGAGGGUGUAACUUCCUUCACUAAAGGUAACAGUGCUAACUUUCUUGAUGAAAAGUGGUAAAAUGAAGCUUUCCAGGGAGUCUCUGUUUGCCAGAAAAAUUAGAAUAUUGGUUUUCGAGGUCGCAGUCUCAAAAUGGUCUAAUUUUCAACCUGAAAUUCGCUAACGUCAACUUUAAGGUCAAAUCUCGUACUCGUAGUCGUUCUUGAAUCUAAAGGUCUCUAUUUUUGGUUGUAUUGAAAGCACUUCUAAUACAAUCACAGUACCUCACGACAUUUGUUGACGCGUGGUAUUGAUUGUUUCCUUUUUUCCAGUUGUGGGACCCAGUCUCCACGCGCUCUCUGGGAACCUUUGACCAGCCGCGGAACAAUCCGAUCGUUGCCAUGACGGCACUUCCAGCACCCAGCCAAUGCGUAGUGGCUGCCAUGGCAGAAGGAACCGCCAGGUGAAAACUCGAAAUGGAGUGCAAAACAGCUAUAUGUAUUUCGUAUUUGUCACAAUCGCUUGACUGUUGAGUCGUGUCUAUCAAGUCUCCCACACAACUGCUUUUUGUGUAAUCACACAACCCUCGGGGAGUGUUGCGUGACAGCACAAAAGACGGCUGCGUAGGGGACAAGUGUGUUACCGUUAGCAAGUUAUAAUCUACGAUGGCUCACCAUUCUCCACUUUAGGAACGACAAGGGGACUGGAGCCGAAAUGCGUGCCGCAAUGGUUGCCGGGAUCGUUACUGGGGACACGCCAGUUAACUAUUGGCCAUUUUUUACCUUGUCCCCAUGAACGAUCAAGUAUUCAUAUCUGCCACUCUAGCACUUUGAAACUUUUAUUGCCAAAACACUCAAGACCUUGUUCUUAACUAAAACCUCUAAAUAAUGAAAUUAAGUAGUUUGUUACAAUUUUCAUAGUUACUGUUUAUUGUAGGUUUAACUUAAGCUAUUUUUUCUUAGGUUUUAUAUUCAGUACGAUUUGGUUGCUGGGGACCCUGUCACGAGUGUUGUGACUAUUAAUAUUAGGUUUUAGUUAUUGAUGUGCAUUUGCAAAAAUGAGCAGUGCAAAUGUUAAUUUAAAUAAUAAUAAUAAUAAUAAUAAUUAUUAUUAUUAUUAUUAAUUUUUUUUUAAGCAGCAAAUAACUUCUGCCAUCGUUUUUUUGUAGAUUUCUUGAUGUUCGACAGCAAAGUUUUGUCACGGAGUGGAAAGUUACCACCAGUAGUAUUGCGGGUGAGGCAUUUUUCAUUGCACGUCUUGCAUAGUUUUCUCGCAAACUGACCCAUAAGUGUCUUCCGUUGGGCGGAUGAGUAGUCGGAAGAGGUAAAACAAUACGUAAAGGUAAAGCAAAGAGAUAAUGACCUUCAAUGAGUUCUCGAAAGCGAGCGGAGAGGACUGAACCCAACUUUUAGUUCUCAUUUCUUCUCCUCUGCCAAGCUACCUUUCGCAAAGACCUCUGGGAUCGUUAAUGGGAAUGCGCUGAUCAGCUAUUGGUCAAUUUUUCCCCAAUUUCUAAGCACCGUCCCAGCAGUCUUUGCGAAAGGUAAUGCGGCCCAGUUUCCUCGUUCCUAAAGUGGCGAAUUUGCGGUGCUGCGGUUGUUAAAAUAUGUACGCGCCGUUGUCACUCAACAACUUCAAACUGAACCUGUUGACGCCCAUUUUUAAUUCCCGAAUUUGCGGUGCGUUUAUUUUUGACAACAGGACAACGCUUUCAGAGCCACCUCAAAUAUUGGACAAUUAAAGCUGGCUCUGAACUAGCCUGCGUAGGAAGCGUUUUCGCUCCAGUUAAUAGAGACCUUUAGAUUCGAGGACGAGAGCAACUACGCGUACGAGAUUUGAUUUUAGUUUUUUUUCGCGUAGACAUCCCAGAAUGCUUCGUUGCACUUUUUUUUUUCAGCAGAAAAGUUAGUAUUGUUAUCUUUAUUGCAGGAGGUUAAGCCCUCUCCCUAUCGCAAAAUGAUAAAACUUCUAACAUUUGAUAACUUGUUUCCGCCGCUACGACAUUUAUUAAUUUAUUUAAUUUUUAUUAACUCUCGCUCAUACUUCUCGUAAAAUGACAACAGCUAUCACCUUUUCACGCCAAAAUGACGCUCGUUCACGCGCGAGCGCUACUUAGUAUUGAGAAAUCUCGUACUCUUUAUCGUACUCGUCGUAGGAUCUAAAUGUUAAAAAAAAAGAAUGGGGAGGGGUAGGGGAGAGAAGGAAUUGUGUGGUUUGCAGGCAAGCGUUUCCUUCUUCUCCCUCCCCUCCCCUCCCCUCCCCUCCCCUUGCCUCUCUCUCUUUUUUUGUUGCUCUCGUUCCAAGUUUUCGUGCAAUAACUCGAUCGGAAACGCUUGCUACGCACGCUAGGUACGAACAACUGGCCUUCACUGUUCUACCUACAGCAGUGGACUUUGGCCCAGUAAAAGAUUUGUUCCCUUUGGGCCUCUCAGGUACUGUCCGUGAUAUAUGCUGCAGCCCUGACGGACGUUGGAUCGCUCUUGGUUUCUCGUCCGGUCUCACGUCUGUGUUGGAUACAAGAGGGGGACUUCUCCGCAGCCACCGGCGGGCGCAUACGUCAGAAAUAUAUCAGGUAUAGCUGAAGUAGACGUGCACUGAAAAGUAGAUGUUAUUUAUAAGCACUGGAAACUAGGGGUACUUACUUUUUACGAGGGAAAACCGGAAAAUCCGGUUGGAAAGUCAAAUGUUUCGCGCCAUUUUGUUGGGGAAACGUCAGAAAACACGGGCUUUGGUUUUAGGCGAUGCAAUUUUUCUACUCUUUUCAGCUAAUUUGGAUACACUUUAUAGCGGAUCAUUCUCCCAUCACAUGAAAUUUUAUAAUUUUAUGUUUAUAUAGUAAGGAUCGUUAGUGAUUGGUAAAUUACGAUCCUCGCUUUGUUGGUGGGUUUCGAUCCAAAGCAUUGUUAGCAACCACGGUCUUACAAAUAAUCGUACUCAGUAAAUCGACACAAUCGCCUGAUAAAGACCUGUAGUACGCGGCCGAAACGUCGCGAUUAAUGUCUUAUUGACAAUCGUGAAACAAACGAUAAACAAAACCCUUUAACACAUUAACCACGAUAAACAGUAUCUUUCCUGACAUUUUGACGUUUCCACGUCACUGCUCAUUUAGCUACCACUAUCUUUCAGGUCAAAGCUUUCUCAAAUUCUUCGUUUGUCACGUCAUCCGUAGAUUCUGGUUUGUCACUGUGGAAAGACGACGGAUUGCGGCUUAAGACUCUAAAAGGUAACAAGAUUGAGUGACGUAGUGUGUAGACAUGAGGUGCAUCCGAUCCCACGAUACAGUCAUGAAACUGGUCAGGGGAUGCCAAUUUUUGACAGCAGUUAAUCGUCUUUGAUAUGGGUGGCGUUUAUCAUUGCAAAGCAAGGAUAGCAAUGCAUUUUAUUUCGUUAUGGCCUCCUGGUAUGUCUGGGUGAGUGUGACAUUUCACGCUGGUUUACAUGGUAGGCCGUACGGUCACUUGACAGCCUAGGGUACGAAAGGAUGGACACCAGAUAACCAUGCAUGGUAUACUGCGGACGAAGUUUUUCCGCUGCCAAAGGUGGCUUGGCACUUUAUUUAGAUCAUGGUGUACGUAUGCCACGACUCUUUGUUUCUUAAACCGAUCUAGAGUAAGUUACAGGACUACAGGCUCCUACACAACCCUGUUCUUUCAAACGGUUACCUUGAUUUCUAUUUUUCAGGCCCCAGCGAUCCUCUUCCCUCCAUACUGGUAUGGCGAGACCAAGUGAUUUCAGCCAAUAUGAACGGAAGAAUAGGUGUUUACAAUUUACAGGAAGACACGUCAGAGGUGAGAUAAAAGUUGCGUUCACACUUUGUGCCCGAGCACUUUGUUUUUUGGGCACCCGCACAGGAUGGUGCUAUGUUUGCCAUCUGGAUGCUCGGGCGAUAUUUUGUUACUUCAGUGCACACUUGUACCAUUUCGCGUCGUUGAGUAUCAGUGCCAAAAAUCGUUAAAAACAGUGAGGAAUUGAAAGUACUAUCCAAUGCAGCAAAUUGAAAAAAAGCAAGUAUAUUUUUUGAGAACUCAAGGAUAGAAUAAAAAUUAGAAUUCCCAUCAUUGUUAUUCGAGGAGUUUUUCAAAACUGAACGUUUAUUAUGAAAACUUUGUAUUUCAAAGUUUAGUUACAGGCCCUUUAAAGGUGAAAGUUAUGUGUGUUUCUCGUCUGACUUAAACCCCUUCUUUUCGCGUAUUAAGUUGUGUUUGUGUCAGUAUUUUACUGUUGUGUUUGCGCCUGUCUUUUUCGCCAUGUCACCUUCAAUCUACCUCGCUGUCUUUUGUCACCAUUUCGUCUCUCUCGCUGUUUUUAACGCCAUGUUUUUUGUCGGAAUUUACCCCAAAAGGGUCACAGUUUAGCGUAGGUCAUUUCGUAUCGUUAUUGAUACAUCGAAACCUGUGCUGUUUUAUGCUUAUCAAUAGCGCACAUAGCCUGCGUGCAGACGAUAACUAAACUCUGAUUAGUACCGUCUGCGAAGCAGCGCAGAGAUCCUUGUUCUGGGCCCCCAACGGACUCAACGAAUUACCGAAAGUGCGUUUCGAAUUCCCCUUCAACCUGAUUGGCGAUCACGACAAACAAAACAAAGGCCUUUUUUAACUGGCCAAUCGUGGCGCGUACUCAAAUCUGGGUACACAGCUGGAAGUCCAGAACAAGGAUUUCGGCGCUGUUUCGCAGACGGAGUUAACCAGAGUUUAAUUUCGUCUGCGCGCAGGCUAUAGCGCACACGGUGAAGGCUUGGCCUGAAUCCCUCCAGACCUGUUUUUUAUUGUUGUUCUUUUUUUCGUACAGCUCCCUUACUUCAGCUACAAGCUCAGCAGUGAUGUAUUCCGCGGGAGUAUCACUUGUCUUGGUUACCUACCACUCAACCGACUGUUGUUGAUUGGUAGCGACACAGGGAACAUUGUCCUCUGUUCCUAAGUAACGGUUACCUAGACAACAAAUCUGUUCAAAUGUACUACUUUACUUUGUUACCAAGAAAAAGAUUAUUUUUGCAGUUUUGUAAAAGACUAUGUAUCAUCCUGUCGAUGGUUAAUCGUGAUAAACGUAAAUAGAAAAUACAGGGAAAUUCCUCGGUUUAAAUCCAAAUGGACUGAAUUUAACUUGCGCGUGUUUGCCACCCGUAGUUUUCCGUGAUUUAGAGAAAAAAUCCUUUGGCACCCAGAUUAUACGUUUUUCGAGCCCCCCUGGUAGCUGGGCCAAUUUCCUUCUCCGAGGAGGUUCUUUGUAAGGAAUCGGAACACGGAAACAUUGAAGGCUGUAUAAAUUUAUUAAUGCGGCGCCAGGAGAUUUUAAGAAGAGGAAAAAAUGAAACUAGAUCACGCCACGCUUUAAGUCAUUCAAAAUAUAUUGCGCAAUUCCACAGACAUUUUAGGUAUAAACCUUUUCGUACCUUCCUUACAUAUAUCCUUUUGUAACUUCUCAUGCAUGGUUAGAACCGAGGCUCCACGUCACGAAGCUGUCAGAACGAGUUCUGUUGGUAGCUAAACAAUAGCAUCGUGCCAAAGCUUAGUCUCCUUCGCAGCCGUUAUUAGGGUCGUCACUCGUCACGCAACGCUCCUCCCCACUAAGGGGAGGAGCGUUGCGUGACGAGUGACGACCCUAAUAACGGCUGCGAAGGAGACUAGCUAAAGCUCUGUUAAAUAAGUUUCAUUUGAACGGUCACACCACUGGAAUUGAUUCACAGACUCGAAAGGUUGAGCUACGUACUAAAUAAAUAGUAUCAUGAGAAAAGUAUUGCUGAAGAGGUUUCAUUUGAAUGGUAACACCAUAGGAUUUCGUCCACUCACUCAAAAGUUGGAGCCACACUCUUAAUAAAUAGUAGCAUGUGAAAUUACUACUGAAGAGGUUUCGCUUGAAUGGUCACACCAUAGGAUUUGGUCCUUAGACUCAAAAGUUCGAUUAACAUACUAAGUGAAUAGUACCAUGUGAAAGUACUACUGGGUAGGUUUCAUUUGAAUUAUAACAACAUAGGAUUUCAUCCACAGACUCAGAAGUUAAAACCUGUUUAUGUAGUAUAAGAUAAUUGAAAAAUGAAAGAGUACUGCGUACUAAAUAAGAGGUUAUAGUUUAGUGGUAUAACACCAUAGAUUCAAUUAUGAUGGCUGCAUUUCCUGCUUCUAUAGUUACCGUAUUUUCCGAUGUGAAAACACUUGUUGUGUAGGGCUAGUUUAAUACACAUUCAAUAAAUUACAAUAUUUUAUUGCUGCAAUUGUUUAAUUCAGCGGAUUCAAAGAAAAAAUACGUAUGUAUUAAGAAACUGCAAGUUAUUAUUAAAAUGAUAUAUUUUUUGGGACAAUUCGGCUUAAUCUAUGUUAAUAUUUAUUACCUUUGUUAGCUUUUGAACCGUAUUUGUAUGCAUUGCUUUCGUGGAGUUUCUCUUUAGUACAGAAACUCGAGGAAUUACUACAGUCCAUUGUCAGCCCCAAUUUCAAAAGUUCUUGUAUCUUUUACAUGAUUAUUAUUACUUAUAGUUGAAAUACAAGUAUAAUGAACUUUGGAGUAAUUAUGAAAUAAACUAGUGAACCUAAGAAAAAAAUAGUGCUUAAAAAUGGGCUUUUAACAUUUUCAUGCGGGAUGAAACAGUUUUUAAAGAACAUUUUGCUAACGGUCAUAACUAAAAAAAGUCACGGAAAUAUUCCUUGACUCGUUCUAUGACUUUGCCUCCCUGAACUGGCUUUAAAAUAGAAAACAGAAAUAUUUAUAAACAGGAAGUGAAUGUUUUCUUGGAAACCAUAUAAAUCUAUUGAUACGCCUUUAAUACCCACUCGAAUGGAACAACGGUCUUUAUAACUCGUAUGAAGGC